AAAAUCAAGGUGAACUCUGGAGAGUAUGCUUGGCCGGUAAAGAUAAAUGUCUUGCUGAAAAAAUUUACAGGCUAGAGGUGCCUUGGAAAUAUGAGGACGACUGGACAAAGUUGGCGGAUAUUUGCAAGAUGAUGCUAUUGAUAGAA